AUAAAUAGAGAGAUGGCUCCUCCCCCGUCCGGCCGGUGGCGCUGUGGUUGUUUCCCUCCGGUCCGCAGCCUGCAGCGCCAGGCAACGAAGAAGAAGAAGAAGAAGCGGAGGAGAAGCAGGAUGUGACCAGCGAAGAAGAAAGUUUGGCGGGUCCUUUGAUUGUUGUGCUAGCAGCUAACGGCUAACGGCUAACGGCUAGCAGCUCUGCGGAUCGUUUCUUCUUCUCGGGACGUUGCCAUGGAGACGACAGAGAGCAGGUACGCUCACCUGCUGCAGCCAAUCAGAGAGCUCUACAAGAACUGGGACAUCGACGUGGCCUCAGAGCUCAACGACUACCUGGAGGAGCUGGAUGACAUGUGCAUCACCUUCGAUGGAGGGAGAACCAGUAUGAACUUUGCAGAAGCUGCUCUGCUGAUCCAAGGAUCCACCUGCAUCUACAGCAAGAAGGUGGAGCUGCUCCACCGUCUGGUCUACAACACUCUGGAGUACAUCAACGACAAGAACCAGAAACGUACCAAAGAGGCGGCGGCGUCUCCGGAGGACGGAGAGGACGGAGCGGAGAGGAGGACCCAGACCAAGGACCCGGCUCUGUUCUCUGCUGUGGAACUCAAUGCCUCUGACUCCGACACGGCCGACCACAAAACUGUGGUGUGUGUGGCUCCUCUCCCUCCUGAUGGUCUGAUUCCUCUUGAUGCCAGUGAAAAGGACAAACUGCCUCUGAUCAGUGUGAAAGGUGAGGUCCUGUUCAGUCAGAAGGACUUCAGGAUCAACCUUUACGUCCCAGGAGACGAGGACAUGAUCUUAUUCAGGAUGCCAUCAGCUGCUUCCAGUUUCCUGCUGGACAGCAACCAGUUCACCACAGACUCUCUGCUGCCCCGAGACGUGUCUGCUCCGGUGGCGGUGGCGGUGGCGGCGGAGGACGGCGGCGGCGAUGCGGAGGACUUCUGUCCUCUGGAGGACGAUCCGAUGGAGCCGGACAUGGACGAACACGUGGAGAGACACCAGGCUCCCAGUGAAGGCCGGAUGCUGAGAGAGAGACCGCCAGCCGACGCCCCCAAGACGAGGAUGGAGGAGACGCCGCCCGCCGUGAGCGUGUGGGCGCUCCACGACCCGUACUCCGUGCUGGGGGAGGAACGUCCCCUCAAACCUGGGAAGUGUUACCGCGUCCCCGAUGGCCUGGAUGGAGGGAAGAGGAAGAGGAGAGGAGCCUCCUCGCUGCAGGACUUCGGGAGCUGGUUCAAAGGAACCUUCGAACCUCCGGAGCACAAGAUGAAGAACGGACCCUCGUUCACAGACCUGAACUACAUUUAUGUGAGCACUAUGAAAGAGAAGCUGAGGAGCAGGAAGAGGAUCAACAGGAGAGCUGGCGUGGUCGUCUCUGACGAGGAGCUGAGGAGAACCUUCCUGCAGCCGGAGGAGGCGGGGCCACAUAUACAGGGGGAGGAGCCAGAGGACGGGUUCAACCCACUGCUGGAUGGAGACGAGGACUUGGACCUGGAUGGUUUCCCUGACGACCUCCCGGCUCAGUUUGUGGGCGGAGCCGACCUCGUCUCAGCAGACGGUCGGAGAGAAGAAGAUCUGAGUUAUGAAGAUCUGGUGAAGCUGAGAGUUGAGCAGCUGGUGGGGACGUGUCGCGGCUACGUCCAGGAGACGGCGCUGUCCCGGCUGGUCCAGGACUGGCAGGCCUUCCUGCUGCCGGAGCUCGGGCUGCAGGAGCAGCGUCCCGUCUUCGACAUCCACGACUACGGCCAGCGCAUCGUGACGGCGCUGAGCGCCGUCGGCCAGCGCCGGUCCUUCGCCUCCGUCGUCUCCGGACUCGACAACUUCGAAGCCUGCAAGUACAUGUUGGCCUCGCUGCAGCUGGCCAACGACGGGACGGUGGAGGUGGACUCGGCAGCAGGUCUGGAGGACAGCGUGGACUCGAUGGGACUGACUCUGCUCAGCACUCUGAGAGCAACAGACAGAUUCAAAACAAUGACGUCGUCCAGCUGAGACACCGUGAGCUCCGAGUCUGUGACCUGUCUGUCUGUUUUAACCUCAAUUAUGAUCAAGUCUUUACUAACUACCAAAAACCAAAUAAAUAUCAAGUUUUACAUAAUAUA